AGAGAUUCGGCGGUGCUUCACGAUGGCGGGUGGGUUUGUCGAGUUCCACCGGUCGAUGUCUCUGGAGCACCAAGCACUUCCGCCACCGCCGCCUGCAAAGACUCAAAGGGAGGGAGUUGCGCCCCGUGAGUCACAUCCAACGUCCCCAUGGCAUGCACAACCACUGCCGUCCACCGUAGACCAAGUUCUCCACUACCGAGACGAGCUGUGGAAAUACGUCGAUGAGAUCCUGCGCGACAUUGGCGGCCACGCCGAUACCAAUAGCGAGAUGGCCAGCGCCAUCGACAAGACAAAGCAACUGAAGAAGCUCCAUGCGAUCUGCCACGCAAGGGAGCAACAUGUGCACACAGUCAAGCUUGGUCUCCUCCACGAACGCAACGAGUAUCUCGCUAAGCUCGUGGCACUGCAAAGCCUCUUGACGUCCCGGUCAUCCCCCAUGGACACGACCACCCGCGAGAACCUCCUCCAAAUCGUGACCAAGCAAAUGUCGCCGUAAUGCAUUGCCAUUUACGUCUCGACCUCCAUCGGUUCCCCAUCUACGUCCUCGUCCCCAACUACAUCGUCAUCAUCAUCUAGAGGCACUCCAUCAAUGUCGAAAUCAUCGU